CUUGUGGCACUCGUGGCUGCCAGUGUAACAUUCCCGCUCCCAUUGUACCGCUCCGCCCCCUCUCUUAUGACACCACUAACCUAACACCUGCUAUUACAUCCCACCUUACCACUGCCCAGUCUUCCCUCCGGUGAUUUUCCUAGUGAGAAAUUGAGCAAUUGGUGUAUAUUCCUGAGCAAAGUUUCUAUGUAAGUAGUGCCGUUGCUGGAUACCAACUGGCGGACUAGAAUAAAAUCAUUUUCGAUAGUGUCAAGUCCAAGGCAGUAUUGCUUCAGUCAUCAAGAUGCCGAAACCUGUAAAUGUUCGGGUCACCACCAUGGACGCGGAGCUGGAAUUCGCGAUCCAGCCCAACACAACAGGCAAGCAAUUAUUUGAUCAGGUGGUCAAAACCAUUGGCCUUCGUGAGAUCUGGUUCUUUGGACUACAAUAUGUUGAUUCCAAGGGUUACACCACAUGGCUGAAGCUGAACAAACGAGUUUUAUCUCAAGAUGUGAAAAAGGAAACUCCUCUCCAAUUCAAAUUCCGAGCCAAAUUCUAUCCCGAGGAUGUGGCCGAGGAAAUCAUACAAGAUAUUACACUGAGGUUGUUCUAUCUGCAAGUUAAGAAUGCCAUCCUUAGCGAUGAAAUAUACUGCCCCCCUGAAACAUCAGUUCUUCUGGCUUCAUAUGCAGUACAAGCAAAGUAUGGUGACCAGAGCUCCGACAUCCACAAGUCACUGGCCAAUGAUCACCGAGUUCUACCACAGCGUGUGAUGGACCAGCACAAACUGACACGGGAGGAAUGGGAAGAGAGGAUCAUCACGUGGUACCAUGAACACAAGGGAAUGCUAAGAGAAGAUGCCAUGAUGGAGUACCUCAAGUUGGCUCAGGACUUGGAAAUGUAUGGAGUAAAUUACUUUGACAUCAAGAAUAAGAAAGGGACAGAGCUCUGGUUGGGAGUGGAUGCUCUUGGUCUCAACAUUUACGAGAAAGAUGACAAAUUAACUCCAAAAAUUGGCUUUCCUUGGUGUGAAAUACGAAACAUUUCCUUCAAUGAUAGGAAAUUUGUUAUCAAACCCAUUGACAAGAAAGCUCCAGAUUUUGUAUUCUUUGCUCCACGCUUGCGCAUCAACAAGCGCAUCUUGGCCCUAUGUAUGGGUAAUCAUGAACUCUAUAUGCGUCGUCGAAAACCAGAUACUAUUGAAGUCCAGCAAAUGAAGGCACAGGCACGCGAGGAAAAAUUGGCCAAACAACAGGAGAGAGAGAAGUUGGCUCGUGAAAUUGCUCUUCGUGAAGAGGCAGAGCGCAAACAGAAGGAAUAUGAGGAACGCUUGAAGUCAAUGCAAGAGGACAUGGAGCGACGGCAAAAGGAACUUAAUGAUGCCCAAGAAACAAUUAGACGUUUAGAAGAACAGCUCAGGCAGUUGCAGGCGGCAAAGGAGGAACUAGAGGCCAAGCAGACAGAACUACAUGAUAUGAUGGUGCGCUUAGAACAAGCCAAGGAAAUGGAGGCUGAAGAAAAGUACAAACUUGAGGAAGAGAUCCGUGCCAAGCAAGAAGAAGUACAGCGAAUCCAGGAGGAAGUAAAUAUGAAGGAUGAAGAGACCAGGAAACUCCAGAUCCUGAAGCAAGAGCUCCAUGAGGGACAACCACGAGUAGGCGUAGGUGGUAAGGAGGAAGUUGAAGAGGUACGUCGCAAACAAGAGGAGGCUGAUGCAGCCUUGAUCGCCGCUACGGCAACACCUCAGCAUCAUCAUGUUGCAGAGCAAGAGGACACUGAAGAAAAUGAUGAUAUACCUAAUGGAGACAUAUCAAAAGAACUCUACACUAGUGAUGAGCCUAUCGAGGACCCCAUUGAGGAGAGGAGGACUCUAGCUGAAAGGAAUGAACGGCUACAGAAUCAGCUUAAGGCUCUGAAACACGACCUCGAGUCUACGAGGGAUACUGAAAAGGAGACGACAAUGGACAAGAUUCACAAAGAGAAUGUUCGACAGGGGCGAGACAAGUACAAGACGCUGAGGGAAAUUCGCAAAGGCAACACAAAGCGACGAGUAGACCAGUUUGAAAAUUUGUAAACAUGCCAUAGGACUAGCACACCAAGUUUCUCUCAAACACAUACACACACACACAUACAAACACACACACGUUUUUCUGUGGAAAUCAUCUCUUCAGUUCUUUGUCUACUUCAUACAGGCUUAUGUUAAACAGUGUUAUGCUUUAUAACAGGAAAGUAAACAUCUUAGUAAAAAUUCUAAAUUGUAGCUAACUGGAAACAUUAAAAAUAUUUCAGAGCUCGGUUUAAUAAAUAUUAAAUGAACAAAUCUGAAGUGUAUAUGGAGAGUUAUCUAGGGACGUCUGUGUCUCAUUUGGGUAAGAAAAUUUUAGCCACGUUCUGGAUUAUAUAGACGUGUAUAUUGUAGCAUUUUUUAUGUGGUGAAUAUUUGAAAUUAGAAUGGUCUCGCAUGCCAUUUAUGCAAUAGUUAAUUGUAAUUUUGUUUGUAAUGAAGUUUGUGGCAUACAAAACACUUUAACUAGUGUGAACAAUGUGAUACAAACCAUUUCAGAUGGUGCUGAACCAUACAAUAACAAGUCUUGAUAAUUCACAUGAAAUUUGAUAUUUUGCCUUUAUUCCAAUUUUCUUGUAAAGGUUUGAUUAGCUGUUUAUUGAUAUUUUUCAUGAACUGCACAAUGAUUUCAUUGCCAGUUUAAUUUGUUUUCCCUAAGCCUUACUUCUCUUGCAGUUUAUAUAGGUAAAGAAAUGAAGUUAGAAUUAGAUUUUUACACACUUUAAUGCUCUGGAUUAAAUUAGGGCCAAGCAUUGUUACGAAUGUAAAUAUAUGUUGGUUGAUGGGUAGUCUAUUUUGAAUAUUGAAAUUUGUAUUUGUACCAUCUAAGUAUAGUCCCCCCUCCCUCAUCCCCCUCCCCCCUUUUAGUGUUGUACAGUUUGAUUCCCUGAGAAGCUCCUGAUACAGUGGUGUAGAUCUGGUCUUUUAAUGUUUAUAUUAUAUAUAUCUAUAUAAAUAUAUAUUGUUUUGGCAGGGGAAGGAUAUAUGAUGCAAAAUAUUUGUUCCUACAUAGGUCUUCCCACCAUUUUAAUUUCACUUUUGUGUUUAUUGUAUUCAGAAUAGUAACCUUUACCUUUUUUUCCCCAAUCUGAACAAGUGGUACCAUACUGGAUAUUAUUUUGAGUUUGCAAAUACUAAAAUUUUUGAAUAGUUGUAAUAUAUAAGUCAGUUAUUUAAUAGUUUGAAGAGAUCUGAGGGGUGAUUAAUGUUUUUCUCUUAAUUAUGUGGAAUGAAACUUCAAGCAUUACAAAGAUUUAGCCAAAACGAUGCUUUCUUGCUUUUUUCAAGAUUGUAUGUGCUGCCAGUGCCUAUGCAACAACCUUCCUCUUUCACUGUCCUCCCAGGUCUUCCUGUACAUGCUUACUUUUGUCUCCGGAGAAUCACGGAGAUUCCCUUGCCUGUGUAAAUAUCAUCUUAAGGUUCCGAGGUGCUUUUCUCUUGAUGUACUAAACCAAAAAAAAGUAUUAAAAGUGAAGAAGUAUAUCCUGCAUGGCACUGAAUUGUACUGUUGCUGUUUGGAGUUUGGCAGGAUGUGCACAAGGUUUUGAUGUAUUUAUUUCUUGUCGUGGAUUUUUAUUGCAAGUCAUAUUCGUGCACAGUUCAUUUUGUAGGAAGAUAAUAUCCAAAAGAUUGCUGGUAUAAAGAUAUUCCUAAGCACCUAGGACUGUUAGUCACCCAUUUUUUUUUUUUUUUUUUUUUUAAAGAAUGAUAAUGUUAAUAUCUACAUUAUUUUAUAGUUGUAAUAACAAAAUAUUUAUGAACUUGUAUAACAAUAAAUCAAAAUACUUAAAACUAUUUUUUUAAAUACUUACCUGAAUGCUUGUAGAAGCUUACACGAAACCAAUAUAUAUAUAUAUAAUGUGUGUAUGUAUAUAUAUAUUAAUAUAUAUACAUACAGCAUACAUAUAUUUAUUUAUAUACUUUAUUGCCUUGUGUGGUAGUAAGUAUACUGUAUUUAAAUUUGUCUUGGCAGGAAAGUAAGUUUUAAUAUAUAAAUAUCAAUCCAUCUGGGGCAAUGUAAGCAGUGCAGGGGGACAUAGAUAUAGCUCACCUCAUUGGCACUGAGGUUGUACGGAGAAGUCGUGCAGUGGCAAGCCUCGGUGGUUGUAUUCUCUUAAUCUAGCCUUUGAUAUGAAUACCCAGUAUCAUACUGAUGAGGUAAAUAUAAGUCAUUUUUUGAAUAAAGUUUAAAGAUA